CAUGGUGACAGACAGUAGGGUACCACACUGCUGUUGUUGCAGUCUCUUUCCACUUGAGGGCGAUGUUUGCCCACCCAACGCGAGUUGUGUCGUUCAAAAUGUACAAAGAUAUUGAAUGCACCAAGAGGUGUCACUCCCAUCCUACUUCUAUUUUUGCUUUACUAAAUUACUUUUAUUACCACCGAUUUUUUUUAAUGCAAUCGAAUAUUACAUUUAAAUAGAGCGUGCACAGACAAAGUGCCCAUUUGGUGAAGCAUAUAUUAUGAGUGUACUGAUUUAUAUAUUAUAUCGUUAUUACAGUUGCAAUAUAAUGUAAGCAUCACUUUAGUUACAUCUUUGGCUACGGAACGAAUUAUUUUUUUGUAUCAUGUGAGCGGUUGUAUUUACUGUAUAAUAAAAUAGUAAUGCGAAAAAUAAAACUGCAUAUAUGCAGCGAAGCUAAAAUGUGUCAACUUCAGGUAAUCACUUUUUUUAAAGCGCAUAACUAUUGUCAUAAUACACGAAUACGACUUUAACGUCACCAUUAUUUGUUUCAUAAAAACUUUUUGUUUAUUUUUAUUUUCCUUUAUCUUACACAGCUGUGCGGAAGUGACACAGCAGGCGCGCGCCUUGGUCGCGUCACGCGAGAAAGCACAGAAGCCGAGCGAGGAAAAAAAAAAGAGAUAUUUAUUUAUAUAUUUCUAUCAACAAGACUAACAGUUACCUGCAAAUAGAGCACGGAGCUGGCCCGCAGACAUGCCCGAGGCGUCGCUAGCAGUCCGGGAGGAUUGCAUGGACUCGUGAAGGCUAUGAAUUCCUCUGAGCAUGGAGAAGUUUCAGAAGAAGCAAUGCUUGAGAAAGAACACAACCACGGCCAGGACGUCAAGGAGGAGCCAGAAGACUUUGCUGUUUGCGUGCCACCUGAAGGACCCCGAGGAGGCCCUCCCGGAGCCACCGAGGCUGCUGAACAGUCCUCUGUGGGGACGGGCCCUUUCACAAACCAGUCCUCCAGCAGCAAGAGACCCCGACUCUCUGGCGAGAUGAGGCAGAGCUUAGUGGAGGAGAGCAGCAGACACAAGCCUCUUUGCCUCACCACAAGCGGGGAGCGGAGGAAUUACGUCCAGCAGAAACCCAGGGUCUCCCACAGGAAGCCUCUCUUCAGCAUCUCCCACAGGAUCUCGGAGAAGAGGAACACGCCAAGCGUGGAGCAGCAGGCUGGGCACGAUGCCGCCAAUCAGCUCGAUUACGCCCGCAUCCUCUCCUCCAACGGCCCGCCGGAGAGCCUCCCCGCCUCAGACGCCUCAGGCCAGGCCCCGACAACGGACACCAGCCUUUAUCCGCUGAUUGAGAAAAUGUUUCUCAUCCUCAAUACCCUCAAUUCAAGCAUGACCCAACUGCACAGCAAAGUGGACUUGUUAACCCUCGAGGUCAUGCGGAUAAAGAAGCAGAUCAAGCCCGCCGAGAUGGUGACGGAGUUCCAGCCGCCCCCCGAAUAUCUGCUAGCAAGUGACGAACUGAAGCAGCUGAUGGAGCAGACAUCGAGCGCCGGGGAGCUCGGGUGCCGGCUGCUGGUGCACCUCUUCCCAGAGCUGUUCAAGGCCAGGGACUGCUCCCAUGAAUGCAUGGCGAGCAAGAGGACGCUGGAGUCCCUCCAUCUGCAGCUGAUCCGCAACUACGUCGAAGUGUGCUACCCUUUGGUCAAGAACAGCAGCGUCUGGCAGGAGGAGUGCCUCCUUCAGAUCAAUGACUUGUUCAAUCGCUUCUGGGCACAAAGGGACAUGGAAAGUGCUCGGCUGCUAAGGAAGCAGACGAUCACAGGCGCCUUGAUAAAGGCGGAGCAUCCUCAGACCUACCGGUUCAUCAACGAGGAGGGCCGGGAGGAGCACGUCCCUUUCGAUAACCAGCAGAGCAGCGAGGCUUCCUCGGACCUUGCGUUCAACACGCUGGACGAGUUCUCCUCACCUGAGGAUUUUGUCGUUUUUCUCAUGCACCGUCUCUUCCCGGAGGUUUUUGAAGAAGGAAAAAUGCCAGAAGGCUACGGCCGAUUCAGUAGUGUGGGGCAGCUAAUUCUGGACUCGGACAAGAUGGAAAUCAUAAGGAAGUACAUGGAGGCCAAUUUUCCGGAUGUGCCUGAAGACAGCUGGCUUCAGGUGUGCAUUCAGCACAUGGAGGAUGCUCUGGAGGGUCCUCACAGUAACGGCAACGGGAGCGACCCUGACAAUAUCAACGACGAGGGUUACGACCUUGGCAGCCCCCCCGAGGAUGUCUCGAUCAUUAAGGCUCGAGAAGCAGGAGAUAACGAAAGGCCCGGUCGCAAGGCCAAAAAGUCGCUGCUUCCGCCGGUGGAUUUUGACAAUCUCGAGGUUCCUCCUCCGGAUUUCUCUAUUCCCCAGCAGUACCUCUUGUCCAGGGAGCAGCUGAAGAGCAACUAUGAAUGUAGCCUGUCCAUCGGGAACUUCGCCUCUCGACUGCUGGUGCUCAUGUUCCCCGAGCUCUUCACCCUUGAGAACGCGCGAAAGCAGUACAACUGCAGCGGCUCGCUCGGGAAAAAGCAGCUCGACCCCGUUCGCGUGAACCUCAUCCGCCACUACGUGCAGCUGGUCUACUCCCGGGCCAAGAACGACCGAGUGUGGAUGUUGGAAUUCGUGGGCAAGCUCGACGAGAGGUGCAGGAGGCGCGACACGGAGCAGAGGAGGUCCUAUCUGCAGCAGCGCAAGGUGUACGGUCAAGAGUCCGAGCAGGACUUUCUCUGCCACCUGAACCAGCUCAAUCCGGACGGCCUGAGGGAGGAUCUGGACGCUCCCUCUUUGCCCCCUGAGAAAAGCAGCAAGGACUUCUGUAAGAUCCCCCUGGACGAGCUGACUGUGUCCACGCCAGACUUCCCAGUGCCCCUCGUCUACCUCCUCGCAGACUCCGAGGUGCGAGAAAUCGUCCAGCAGAGUCUCUCCGUCGGCAACUUUGCCGCCCGCCUGCUGGUGCGCCUCUUCCCCGAGCUCUUCACUCAGGAGAACCUGCGGCUGCAGUACAACCAUUCGGGGGCGUGCAACAAGAAGCAGCUGGACCCGGUCCGCCUGCGGCUGAUCCGCCACUACGUGGAAGCCGUGUAUCCUGUGGAUAAGAUGGAGGAGGUGUGGCAUUACGAGUGCGUGCCGAGCAUCGACGAGCGCUGCCGGCGCCCCAACCGCAAGAAGUGCGACAUCCUGAAGAAGGCCAAGAGGUCGAGCGCUGUGUCCUAGUUACAGUAGCAUUCAGUUAUGCAACACCUGGUUGGAAAAAAUAAAAUAAUAUUGCACAGUAUAUAAGCUGAAACCGCUUUGUUGAACCUUUUUCAAACUGUUCUAUGUAGGAUGAAGCCAAGCUGUUCGGAGUUUCUUCAAUACUAUUCUUAGUCCUCUUUAACCUUGUGACUACAGCAGUAGAUGUUUUAGUUUGUGUAGUCUUAUUAUUGUUGGAUAAAACUGCUUCUAUUUAUAAGCCCAAAUGGUCAUAGCUCUUCUAACCAACUGUUGAUAAAUGUUGUAGCCUUAAACGAUGACAGUAGCUAAUAGCGUAGGCCACAUAUUUGCCCUAUGGAUAGAAAUGGAUCACAAUGAUGUGAUGCGUUUCCUUUGCAGUUACCGAUGUAGCAUUGUGCCACCACUGUUUUAAUAACAAUGUGCUUAUGUUAAGCAUUCUUAUAGAAAUUUAUAUUAUGACGAUUUAACGUGACAAUGGAUCAUGAUAACCGAUUUCUAAUAAAACCACAGUUAUAAAUGUGA